AUGCACACUUCUCGGGUCCUCCUUGCCGUCUGUCCCCAGUCUAUCGGGGGAGGGGUCUGGCCUGGGCGAGAGGGGGGCAGUGGUGGCAGGGUGGCACGGCUGGGCAUCAGCUGGGUGCUGCUGUCUCCUGGCUGCAUGGUCCUGAGCCAGAAUCAGGAGGAACAGCUUUUCAAUGACCUGAUGGCCGAUUAUAACCGCAAUUUUCGCCCUGCUGCAGACAAGGGGGACAUUGUAAAUGUUUCCCUUAAGGUUACCCUCACCAACCUGAUCACACUGAAUGAGAUUGAUGAGGCUCUCACCACGAAUGUCUGGGUAGAGAUGAAAUGGAAAGAUUACCGUCUGCAGUGGGACCCAGAGAAUUAUGACAACAUCAGCUGUUUACGGAUCCCUUCGACCUUGCUCUGGCUGCCAGAUAUAGUCCUGGAGAACAACAUCGAUGGGGUCUUUGAUGUCGCCUUAUACACCAAUGCUUUGGUGUCUCCUGAUGGGAGCAUCACUUGGUUGCCACCGGCUAUUUACCGGAGCGUCUGUCCCAUCUUCGUCACCUAUUUCCCCUUCGAUUGGCAGAAUUGCUCCAUGGUCUUCCAAUCACAGACCUACAAUGCCCUUGAAAUCAACCUCUUGUUGACCAUGGAAAAGGGAAAAACAAUCGAAUGGAUUGUUAUUGAACCUGAAGCUUUCACAGAGAACGGAGAAUGGGCGAUCAAGCACCGGCCAGCCAAGAAGAUUUUGAAUGCCGAACGCUUCACACCUAACGACAUUGCGUACCAGCAAAUUGUCUUCUUCUUGAUCAUCCAGAGGAAACCCCUGUUCUACAGCGUCAACAUUAUAAUCCCCUGUGUCCUCAUUUCCUUCGUGGCUUUGCUGGUGUACUUCCUGCCUGCUAAAGCUGGUGGACAGAAGUGUACUGUCUCCAUCAACGUCCUCCUAGCCCAGACUGUCUUCCUUUUUCUGAUUGCAAAAAAGGUGCCGGAAACAUCUCAGGAGGUGCCACUCAUUGGAAAGUACUUAACCUUCCUCCUGGUGGUGACCAUUGCUAUCGUCGCGAAUGCCGUUAUUGUCCUCAAUGUUUCCCUGCGGACCCCCAAUACCCACUCGAUGUCUGAGCGAGUCCGACAGGUGUUCCUGCACCUGGUGCCACAUUACCUCGGCAUGCACAUGAGACGCAUCUCCGUGCCCGCUGGGAAUCAGCUCGUGCGUCGACAGAGCUCCCUGGGGCUCAUGGCGAAAGCUGAGGAGUACAUGCUGUGGAAGGCGCGGAGCGAACUCCUGUUUGAGAGGCAGAAAGAACGAGAGGGGUUGAUGAAGAUCCUCCUGGCAAAGAUCGGAGAAGGGUUGGAGAAUGGAUGUCCCCAGGACUUUUGCAAUAGCCUGCGCCAUGCCACUCCAGAAAUCCAGACCUGUGUGAAUGCCUGCAACCAUAUCACCAAGACCUUGCAAGAGAAGAACGACUUUGAUAGCGAAAACGAAGAGUGGAUCCUGGUGGGGAGAGCCAUUGACCGUGUCUGCUUCCUCAUCAUGGCCUCUGUUUUUAUUUUUGGCACCGUCGGCGUCUUCCUGAUGGCUCACUUCAAUCAAGCCCCAGCAGAGCCCUUUGUGGGAGAUCCAAGGCGAUACCUGCCCUAGAGGGGGCGAGGAACU